AGUUUCAAGAGAAACGCCGUUUUCACGUUGAAACGUCAGUCACAACAUCAGGAAACAAUUACCGAACAUAACCAGACAAAAAACUCCCAAAUGACUCACUCCAGAAUCAUUCUGCUGCUAGUUUAUUACUCACGGGACUGCUGUAUGGUUGACUGAGUUAGAAAAGGCAAUCGAUUCUUUGGGUUUCACAGAGCCGAUGGCGUCAGAGGCGCUAAACACGGAGUGAUUCUCAGAAACCCACUUCUGGGAAGUCAGACGAAGCGAACAAGCCAAACCGUGCUGUGUUCCGCUUCUUGUUUAGUGUUAGGGCAUGAGCUUGAGAGAAACGCCACUCGUUUUGUUAUCAACUCGAGUACUUUUUCCAUAUGACAGACGGCGGUAGACUCAUGACCUUAUUUUACGUCCUGUCCACGGCUGAGAAAUACCAUUGAGCUUGUUCGACUUAAACCUUACGAACAAAGAAACUUUCAGGACUACUAGUGUAUUAAACCGGACACAAUGAUUUUGUGCGUCGAUGGCCCAAGGAUGCGUUUGCCCAGUACCUUCAUAACGGAGCCGAUCUUCGUAUCUCAAGCAAUCAUAGACCCUGACGCUCCCAUCCGGUGGGAACCUAAAAAAGAUUUUACAUCGAUCUACUGCAAUUUCUCAUAUCUGGAAGCUUCAGGUUGGUACUGGGGUGCCAUUUCUGCCAGCGAGGCCCACUCUGUCCUACAGGGGGCAUCUGAGGGGACGUUCCUGGUACGGGACAGCAGUCAUCCUCUCUACUUGUUGACGCUGUCUGUUAAAACAGGCCGCGGACCCACCAACGUUCGCAUCGGGUACAGCCUUGGACGUUUCUUUCUGGACUCCAGUUCCCCUGCCAAAUCUCGCAUGCUGUCUUUCCCUGACGUACCUAGUCUUGUGCAGCACUACGUGGGCUCCAAGAGCGGAGAGAAGGGGGAAAAUACCGAAGAGUUCGAUACCAUACCUUCACCAACGCCCAAGCAAUGUGCCGUGUUGCUGAAACUGAAAAAACCAAUCCGCUGUCGCCAAGCGUUUCCUUAGUUGCAACAUCUCACACGACUGGUUAUUAACAGACAUUCGACCAGCACUGAGAAUCUGCCUUUACCAAAACCGUUACUUCAGUACCUACAGGACUACCCUUUCCUGCUUUGAUGUUGCCAUGGAAACACACAGCCAACAAUAUGACAUGGUUCUGAUGUAUGAAGAAGGCAAACGGGCCUGCAUUCACAGCCCCAAGAGACAGAUGUUUGGAACCAGAAGCAGUGUUAAAAACAGUUUUCCGAUGUCACCUUUGACUGUUUCGAUACAGGAGCAGAUUCUUGAUGGUCAGCAGAUAGACACUUUACAUGAAAGAGGGAUUGAGACAAGCCGUGUCCAAAUAUUGAUCAGUGGCAAGUCAUAAAUCGACCUUGAUGUCGUACUGCUAAAGGUGAAGCCACAGGCUCGAGAGGGGUUUCGUGAUGAAUGUUCGUCAAACUUGUGUGGGUCACGUGACCCCCUAAAAAGGUUCGAAAUGAGAUCACGUUGAGCAUACUGGCAAGUUAACAGGAAAGUUACUGGGCUGCCUUGACUGGGACUUUUUCUUGAAAUGCAGUGAAAUGUUUCAAUCAAUGAAGAUUUGCAUAUUUUUUCUAUCCCCACAAUGUGGAGUUUGUAUGUUAUUUAUGGAUAAACAUAUUUUCAUUUUUUAUAAUAAAACUGACAAUCAAAUUA